CCCUCGCCUAGCGGCUCCCCCAGGGCACGCGGCGCCUUUAUACCGAGCGUGCUGGCGGCUCACUAAUGUUUAACUCGGGGCCGAACGUUGGGAGCGCCGAGUGAUUCUGUGCCCCUAGGAGCGGAGCAGAACACCCUUCUCGGCGGCUCCCCGUGCCGUCUGCCUGCGCUGCUGCUCGGGAAAGCUCAGUUCCGAGGAGACUCCGACAAUGAAGCUUUAGCAGUAAAUUUCCUCAAUACCUUCUUUCAGUGCAUAGAAAUUUGACUGCUGACCCAUCCAUCAGUAAUAAAAGACAACCCAAUGUGAAGGAGACAGGAAUAAUCAGAGAAAGAAAAGAUAACAUCUAUGAAGUUUGCCUGAGGAAGUCCAGGAUCUAUUCCAGGUUUAAAAGCACAGAAAUGAGUCUGAAUGAAAGCUUUGUAUAUUCCAGAAGACAAUUUCUAAACAGUGUGCUCUGUAAAAGCUCGGGUUGAUCUCAGGCUACUCAGUUAACUCUUGUCAGCCUUUUUCAAGUGCUCAUGAGGUCAGUGAGUUGGUCGUUCUCAGGCCAGCUAUUUGGGCUUUUGGUUCCCUAGCUAUAGCAUAUGCCUUAAAUUUCUCUGAGAAAUCUGCCUCUCUUUGCUAAAGAGAUGAGAGAGAAAAAGGGAGGAUUGUUUUCCCAGUGGUUAGAGAAAGACUGCAUAAGGGACUGAUAAGAGCUGGAUCAGUGUACUUGAAAUUUUAUGACUUAACAAAGUACUGAGGCCUACAGGGGAUGUGACUGCAAAUAAUAUGCAGGAACGCCUUGCUUGUACAAGAGAAGUAUGCAAACCUAUAAUAAUAGCCAACAUGUAUUUACUGUGCACCGGAUAUUAGGCAUUUGCUCCUUACAACAACCCUUUGAGAGGUACUGUUAUUAUCCCCAUUUUUAUAGCUUUGCAGAAACUUUGAGAGGGUGUUUUAGUUAUUUAUUGCUGUAUAAUAAAUUAUCGUAAAACUUCAUGGCUUAAAACAAAAAAACGCUUAUCUCACAGUUUCUUUGGAUCAGGAAUUUGGGAGUGGCUUAGGUGGGUGGUUCUUGGUUGGGGUUUCUCAUGAGGUUGCAGUCAAGGUGCUAUCUGAAAGCUUGCCUAGAGCUGGAGGAUCUACUUCCGAGCUCACUCGUGUCUGUUGUGCAGAGGUCUUAGUUUCCCACCAUGUAGGCCUCUCCACAGGGUGACAUGGCAGCUUGCUUCCCUUACAAUGAAGGAACCAAGAGAACAACCAAGCGGGAAGCUUCAGUGCCUUUUUAUGACCUAGCCUCAGAAAUGACUUAGUAUCACUUCUACUGAAUUCUUUUGGUCAUACAGGCCAAGCCUGACACAGUAUGGGAAGGGACUACACAAGGGUGUGACUACCAGGAAGUGGAGAUCCUUGGGGGCCGUCUUGGAGGCUGGCUACCACAGAAGUUAAGGAACAUGCUCAGAAUUGCACAGAGUUGGGAUUCAUCCUCAGGCAAUCAGAUGAUGCUGCAGCUGACAGUCGCAGAACUUAUACUUUAACUGAUUAUUUAAAAAAUACUUUUAGAAUGAAGGGCUACUCCUUACGGUGGAUAGCAGAUCAUGAAUAUCUCUACAAACAAGAUAAUAAUAUCUUGCUAUUCAAUGCUGAAUAUGGAAACAGCUCUAUUUUCUUGAGGAACAGUACAUUUGAUGAACUUGGAUAUUCUGUAAAUGAUUACUCAGUAUCUCCUGAUGGACAGUUUAUUCUCUUGGAGUACAACUAUGUGAAGCAAUGGAGGCAUUCCUACACAGCUUCAUAUGACAUUUAUGAUUUAAAUAAAAGGCAGCUGAUUACAGAUGAGAGAAUUCCAAACAGCACACAGUGGAUCACAUGGUCACCAGAGGGUCAUAAAUUGGCAUACGUUUGGAACAAUGAUGUUUAUGUUAAAAAUGAACCAAAUUUACCAAGUCAGAGGAUUACCUGGAAUGGAAAAGAAGAUGUAAUAUAUAAUGGAAUAACUGACUGGAUUUAUGAAGAGGAAGUCUUCAGUGCCUACUCUGCUCUGUGGUGGUCUCCAAACGGCACUUUUUUAGCAUAUGCCCAAUUUAACGACACAGAAGUCCCGCUUAUCGAAUACUCCUUCUACUCUGAUGAGUCACUGCAGUACCCAAAGACAGUGCGGGUUCCAUAUCCAAAGGCAGGAGCUGUGAAUCCAACUGUAAAGUUCUUUAUUGUAAAUACAGACUCCCUCAGCCUAACCACCAAUGCAACUUCUGUACAAAUCACGGCUCCUACUUCUGUAUUAGCCGGGGAUCAUUACUUGUGUGAUGUGACUUGGGUAACCCAAGAAAGAAUUUCUUUGCAGUGGCUCCGGAGGGUUCAGAACUAUUCUGUCAUGGAUAUCUGUGACUAUGAUGAAUCCACUGAAAAUUGGACAUGCACAGCGGCACGGCAACACACUGAAACGAGUUCUACUGGCUGGGUUGGAAGAUUUAGGCCUUCAGAACCUCACUUCACAGCUGAUGGUACUAGCUACUACAAGAUUAUCAGUAAUGAAGAGGGCUACAAACACAUUUGUCAUUUCCAAAUAGAUAAUAAAGACUGCACAUUUAUUACAAAAGGAGCCUGGGAAGUCAUUGGGAUUGAAGCUCUUACCAGUGAAUACCUAUACUACCUUAGUAAUGAACAUAAAGGAAUGCCAGGAGGAAGAAAUUUGUAUAAAAUCCGACUUAAUGAUGUCACAAAUGUGACAUGCCUUACUUGUGGGCUGUAUCCAGAAAGAUGUCAGUACUAUUCUGUAUCAUUUAGUCAAGACACAAAGUAUUACCAACUCAGAUGUUCGGGCCCUGGUCUACCCCUCUAUACUCUGCAUAGCAGCAGGACUGAUGAAGAACUCAGAAUCCUGGAAGACAACUCAGCUUUGGAUAAAAUGCUGCAGGAUGUCCAGAUGCCCUCAAAAAAACUGGACUUCAUUGUUUUGAAUGGAACGAAAUUUUGGUAUCAGAUGAUCUUGCCAGCCCAUUUUGAUGAGUCCAAGAAAUAUCCUUUACUGUUAGACGUAUAUGCAGGCCCCUGCAGUCAAAAAGCAGAUACUGUCUUCAGACUCAACUGGGCUACUUACCUUGCAAGCACAGAAAACAUUAUAGUAGCUAGCUUUGAUGGCAGAGGAAGUGGUUACCAAGGAGAUAAGAUCAUGCACGCAAUAAACAGAAGACUGGGAACGUUUGAAGUUGAAGAUCAAAUUGAAGCAGCCAGACAAUUUUCAAAAAUGAGAUUUGUGGAUGACAAACGGAUUGCAAUUUGGGGCUGGUCAUAUGGAGGGUAUGUAACCUCAAUGGUCCUUGGAUCGGGAAGUGGCGUGUUCAAGUGUGGGAUAGCUGUGGCACCUGUAUCACGCUGGGAGUACUAUGACUCAGUGUACACAGAACGUUACAUGGGUCUCCCAACUCCAGAAGACAACCUUGACCAUUACAGGAAUUCAACAGUCAUGAGCAGAGCUGAAAAUUUUAAGCAAGUUGAGUACCUCCUUAUUCAUGGAACAGCAGAUGAUAACGUUCACUUUCAGCAGUCAGCUCAGAUCUCCAAAGCGCUGGUGGAUGCCGGAGUGGAUUUCCAGGCAAUGUGGUAUACUGACGAAGACCAUGGAAUAGCUAGCAGCACAGCACACCAACAUAUAUAUACCCACAUGAGCCACUUCAUAAAACAAUGCUUCUCUCUUACUUAACACCUCAAAAUAGCAUGCCAUUUAAAGAUUAUUGAAAACAAUUUUUAUUCUUAUUUUCUCAAAACUGUACUGUCAAGAUGAUGAUCUUAAAGAAAAUACAGUCAAAUCAAGAAAUUUCAGGUUAACCUUGUCCCCAGAUUUUACACCUAUAAUCUUAAGUAGGGACUUCUCUCUUUGCCACAGAUUAUUGUCUUACAGAAAAGUUUGAAUUAUUCAGUCUGGUUUUGUUUAUCAUUUAAAAUCAUUUCCAUGUCAGCUGUUGAAACAACAGAAAAUAUGAAUUAUGGACGCUUUGCAUAGGUUCCUGGACAGGAUUUUCUCUUUUUAUAACUGGACUAGUUCAGAUCUUUUCUCUUCUUUAAAGGAAUGGCAAGAUGUGGGCAGUGAUAUCACUAAGACAGGGGCAAGAAAAAAGAGGGUAGGGAGAGAAGAUAGCAGGGCAUGACUGGGAACCGAAGACCGAGCAUACCAACCCAACCAGACUACUGUCAACUUCCUUGGAGAAGAACUGCUCACAGCCAGACGGGCACAGUUUUUUUGAGAAAGACUAUUCAAACAGUCUCAGGAAAUCAUAUAUGCAAAAUGCAAAGCACCGACUUCUGAGUAAAACCACAGCCAUUGAAUAGAC